CGCUCCGCUGCCUCCCAGGCCGGGCCGGGGGCGGGGCCUCGGGGUCGCGGCGCGCAGCAAAGCUGAGGCGGCGGCGGCAGGACGAGGAGGCACCGCGGCUCGGGGCGCUCGGCAUGGCUCGCCUGGUGCUCGGUCUGCUGAGCUGUACCUUCUUCCUAGCAGUAAAUGGUCUGUAUUCCUCUAGCGAUGAUGUAAUUGAAUUAACGCCAUCAAAUUUCAACCGAGAAGUUAUUCAAAGUGAUAGUUUGUGGCUUGUAGAAUUCUAUGCUCCAUGGUGUGGCCACUGCCAAAGAUUAACACCAGAGUGGAAGAAAGUAGCAACUGCAUUCAAAGGUGUUGUAAAAGUCGGUGCAGUUGAUGCAGAUAAACAUCAGUCCCUAGGAGGGCAGUAUGGUGUUCAGGGAUUUCCUACCAUCAAGAUUUUUGGAUCCAACAAAAACAGACCAGAAGACUAUCAAGGUGGCAGAACGGGGGAAGCCAUCGUGGACGCCGCGCUGACUGCUGUACGGCAGCUUGUGAAGGAUCGCCUCGGGGGGAGGAACGGUGGCUACAGUUCUGGAAAACAAAGCAGAAGUGAAAGUUCAAGUAAGAAAGAUGUGAUUGAACUGACAGAUGACAGUUUUGAUCAAAAUGUCCUUGAUAGUGAAGAUGUUUGGAUGGUUGAAUUUUAUGCUCCUUGGUGUGGACACUGCAAAAACUUAGAGCCAGAAUGGGCAGCUGCAGCUACAGAGGUAAAAGAGCAAACUAAAGGAAAAGUGAAACUAGCAGCUGUAGAUGCUACAGUUAAUCAGGCUCUAGCCAGCCGAUACGAGAUUAGGGGAUUUCCUACAAUCAAGAUUUUCCAGAAAGGCGAGUCUCCUGUGGAUUAUGAUGGUGGGCGGACGAGAUCCGACAUAGUUUCUCGGGCCUUAGAUUUGUUUUCUGACAAUGCCCCACCUCCUGAGCUGCUUGAGAUAAUCAACGAGGACAUUGCCAAGAAGACUUGUGAGGACCAUCAGCUCUGCAUUGUGGCUGUAUUGCCCCAUAUUCUUGAUACUGGAGCUGCAGGCAGAAAUUCUUAUUUGGAAGUUCUUCUGAAGUUGGCAGACAAAUACAAAAAGAAAAUGUGGGGGUGGUUGUGGACGGAAGCUGGAGCCCAGUAUGAACUUGAAAAUGCACUGGGUAUUGGGGGGUUUGGCUACCCCGCCAUGGCAGCCAUUAAUGCACGUAAGAUGAAAUUUGCUCUUCUGAAAGGGUCUUUCAGCGAGCAAGGCAUCAACGAAUUUCUCAGGGAGCUCUCUUUUGGGCGUGGAUCUACAGCACCUGUAGGUGGUGGGGCUUUCCCUAAAAUAAGUACGACAGAGCCUUGGGAUGGCAAGGAUGGUGAGCUUCCUGUGGAAGAUGAUAUUGAUCUCAGUGAUGUGGAGCUGGAUGACUUAGAAAAAGAUGAGUUGUGAGAUAUGCAGCACAGACUUCAAACAGUUUUCUUUUCUUGGGAGCAGAUUUUUUCAGCAGUAAAGAAGGAACGUUCUUUACAAUCAGAUGGAUCUACCAGUGGCCUUUUUAACCAAGAAGUAGCACUUGAUUGGUCAUUUGAAAACACUGCAACAGUGAACUUUUGCUUCUCAAGAAAACAUUGAAAAAUUCUAUGAAUUGUUGGAGCCAGCGAAUUGGAUUGUCUUCUGUCAAAUAAUAUUUUGAAGAAAACUGAUGUUCUGUUGAAACAUUUUUCCAUCCCUCUAAACUGCUGCUUGAUUGUUCUUUGAGGCUGUUUCUUAUAUGUUUUUAAUGUGAUUUCUUCAUUUGAGUAUUAAUGGCUUUUUUCCAUUAAAUAAUAAAAUAUUUUGGACAAUGCCAUUAAAUGUAUGAAAUUAGUGUCCACAUCAUAAAUUCAGUCUGAUGUUUAGCCAGUAAGUUCGUAUUACGAGGUGAUGUUCCUGGUGUCUUUCCUCCUUAUAAACUUUUAAAGGGAAAAAAAGGCCCUUUUGAGUCAAAGUCAUCUGGGUGUCUACCACAGUAUAGAUUUUACAUGUGGUCUAGGAUUUGAAAUUCUACUUAAUAAAUGUAAAAUGGAAGUCAAGUUUAUAUGUAAGUGUGAAGAACAAUGGAUUGUCAGUGGAGACCUGCAUUUCUUACUUUGUCUUUGGGCACAUCGCCAGUGACUGAUUAUUAGGGAAUGUUGCUGGUUAUACAGGGUUUUUAUGUUUUAUUAUUAAACUCUUACAAAAUAUCCAUUAAUACUUGAAAUGCAGCAGCAGGUUACUAAUUCAUAGGUAGUCCACAUUUAUGUAUAACUUCCAGAAAAAUGAAGUUACAUAAUAAGCUCUGAGUUACAUUAGAGACAAUUCAAAGGACUGAGAGUAUUUCUUUAUUGUAACUUAAAAAAAAUAAAUACAACUAUAACUAA